UUUAUGAUAGGUAUCUUGUAUUAUUUAAAUAUAAUUGAGUGAAAUAACUUAUCAUUUUCUAUUUUUAAUCUAUUUAUAUAUAUAAAAAAUUAUGAUGAUAAAAAAUAGUGAAAUCAGUGUAAAUUUUUCUUUUAUACUAACUUUUUGCGCCUUGUGGUUUCCAGAAGUAGAAAAACUAACAUACACCAGAUAUUAAGUUAGACCUGUAAAAAUCGCAUCCAAUUUGGUGCAGUAGUUUUUGCAUGAUACCAGAACAAACAAAUAUAACAAAAACAAAGACAAAAUUUCUAAAAAUUAUUGUUUUCACUACUAUUAUCAUUAUAAAGAUCCCUUAUACUAAUAUUUCUUAAAUAUAUCCCAUGUACAGCCUUUAUCUAGUUACAAUUUUGUUAUAUUAGUAAGAUUUUUUCACCAGGAAAAAGCUCCAAUAAAAAAUAAAUUAAAACUAAAUGAGGAAGAAAUGCCACCUGACAAGUAUGUAGAGAGAACCCGUUUAAGCCUACGCUUGGAGGUUGACUUGGUCUUUGUAGGACUACUGGUAUUAGCUCUUAGUACUAGACUAUACAGCUUGGAGGAACCAAAAUACAUUGUCAGGCCAUGCUGCUGGCUAUGAUGGAAAUUUCACGUUUGAUAGAAUUGGAUCACCAUAUACACAUAAUGUACCAAUAAGAGCUCUGCGCAUGGUGCCUGCUGUGGCUGGCAGUCUUUUGGUAGCAGUUACAUAUCAAGUGAUGUUAGAAAUAUCUUUCUAUCAAUGGACGGCAAUAUUAGCUGGUUUAUUAGUUUUAUUUGAAAAUUGUUUCCUAGCACAAUCAAGAUUCAUGCUACUAGAAAGCAUUCAAAUACUAUUUGGAUUAUGUGGCAUAUUGUGUACAAUUAAAAGCACAUAUAAAACUGGUGUGUCUAGUGUAAUCUGGCUUUGUGUUGCUGCUGUGUCACUUGGAUGCUGUUUUUCUGUGAAAUACUCGGGACUUUAUACAUAUUACCUGGCAUUAUUUCUUGUCGGGCGACAAAUAUGGCGACAAGUUGGUAGCACCGAAUCAACCCUGCGUCUGGCAUUAGCGGUGCUGUGGAGAUUGAUUGUUUUAAUUAUUCUACCGGUGUUAGUGUAUGUGGGAGUAUUCUAUGCACACUUGGCUAUGUUACCUAAAGCUGGCCCACAUGACAGUGUAAUGACGAGUGCAUUUCAAGCCUCGCUGCAAGGUGGACUUGCGAGCAUUACGCGAGGCCAGCCAUUACAUGUUGCCCAUGGAUCACAAAUUACUCUCAGGCACACACACGGACGAACAUGUUGGCUGCAUUCCCACGCACACGUGUAUCCGGUUCGAUACACAGACCAGCGGGGUUCGUCCCAUCAGCAGCAAGUAACGUGUUAUAGUUUCAAAGACGUUAAUAACUGGUGGAUAGUGAAACGGCCUGAGCAGCCAUCCCUAGCUGUAGCCCGUCCCCCUGACGCUAUUCGUCACGGAGAUAUCGUUCAACUACUUCAUGGUAUUACGAGCAGGGCGCUCAAUUCACACGAUGUUGCAGCGCCAGCCUCGCCACAGUCACAGGAAGUAUCCUGCUACAUAGACUAUAAUGUGUCAAUGCCAGCUCAGAAUCUAUGGCGAGUAGACAUUGUGAACCGAGACAGCGAAGAUGCUACAUGGGACAGCAUACGUUCUAUGGUACGGCUGAUACAUGUUGACUCGGGAUCAGCGCUGCGCUUUAGUGGACGUCAGCUACCCGCUUGGGGAUUUCAUCAGCAUGAAGUAGUAGCUGACAAGGUCAUCACACACCAAGAUAGUAUUUGGAAUGUCGAGGAACAUCGAUACACUAAAGCGGAAGACAGACGAGAACGCGAGCGAGAACUUGUUUCAGCAGAAAUGAUACCAACAGCAGUAACACAACUCACAUUUUGGGAGAAAUUUGCGGAGCUGCAAUACAAGAUGAUCGCACACGCUCCUGACGCGCCCCACGGCCAUAUGUUUGCAAGUGAACCGCCCGAGUGGCCACUGCUUGUUCGCUCAAUUGCAUACUGGUUAUCACCUAACUCUAAUGCUCAAAUACACUUGAUUGGAAAUUUGAUAACAUGGUACGCCGCAACGUUAUCAGUUUUGUUGUACAGCGUUCUGCUGGCAGUCUAUGCGAUCCGCCGGAGGCGCGCAUGUGCAGAUCUUCCGAUUCGAGCGAUACAGCAGUUCUACGACGCUGGUUAUAUUUUCUUUCUAGGCUACUGGUUGCACUAUCUUCCUUACUAUUUUAUGGAUAGAACACUGUUCCUUCAUCAUUAUCUACCUGCUUAUAUAUUUAAAAUACUUCUAUUGUCUUAUGUAAUUGAUCAUAUUUAUUUCAUUCUGCAUAUACACGAGAAAACUAAGCCCUUAACAAAUGUAUUCAUUGUAUGUGUAGCAGUGUGGCUCGCGUAUGUGGUACUUACAUUUAAAAAAUUUAGUGUCCUUAACUAUGGAAAUGUUAAUUUGACUGAGAGUGAUCUUAUGAAUCUCAGAUGGAAGGAUACAUGGGAUUUCAUUUUACAUAAAAAAGGAUAAUAUUUUUAUAUCCUUAUAUGUUAGUUAUAUAAAUUCGAAUGUUUACCUGUUCUUUACUGCCAUGUAAUGAUCUUGUCACAAUUAUUAAUUCUUUUAUUAAAUUAUUAUUAUUAAGUAUAGGUAUUACAGUACCUUGCUAUUGCUAAAAGUAUUUUCUACUCUGCACUUUAUUACAACUGAAAAGUAUUAUUUUUAUAAUAGUUUUAUUAGAACAAUACCAUGAACAUAUAAAUAUUAUAUUAUAAUUUUUAAAUAUGGACUAAUGUCCAUAUUUAAAAAAUAUAAUAUAUAUGUUCUGUACGAAGAAUGGGUUAUGAAUGAAUAAAUAAAAUAAUAUAUGAAUACUCAAUUAAAGAUUCUCAAGUGCAUUUACUAUAUAAUAAAUAUAUUUUUAUAGACUGUAUAUUAGUUAAUAUGUUAUCAUAGGCAACAUACAAUUUGGCUUAUUGCAUUAUAAAAUAGUGGAAACUUAUUUGGACUCUAUGAAUGCCCAAAAGCCUGUAUUAUGUUCAGUGCUUGUAACACCACGUUUUCAGCAACCAUAUGUUGUGUGCUCUACAUACACAAUACUUCUAAAAUGUUUAAAUUCAAUUGUUUAUUAAUAUUUUGCUGAUGAAGACGUCACAACCAUUUUCAUCUAAAUACACGUAUUUAAAUACACAAUCGCAUGUAUUUUAGUGAAAACGGAGAGUAUGACUCUCCGUUUUCACUAAAAUAUGCCAUUUAUGUGGAUAGGAUAUCCUUGGAAAAUAGCAGUGGUACAUUAUUCAAAUUAAAUCAAAUAAUUAAAUCUUUGUCACAAAACUCGUACACCCAUUACUUAUAUAAGUAUUAUACUUAACUAUACAUAUCGACGUUUAAGCACUAUUAGCUUUAAUAGAUUUUCCUAUUUUGCAGGUCUCUUUCAGUAUGUCGAGUAUUUAUCAUAAAAUCAACUAGUUUUUAGUUUCGUAUUUGAAAUCAAAACUAGGAUGUUUUUUAAGCUAUUGGCGGUUAAACAUUUAUAAUGACUUUUAAUAAUCAUCAUCAUCUUCCUACCCUUAUCCCAAUUAUUAUUUGGGAUCGGCUUAAUGUUUUUUAUCUAUAUUACAAAAAGAUUUGGCUUAAAGUUUUACAACCGGCCGCCUGCCUGACGUCAACCCUCUUUAUUACGCCGACUUCAUAUAAUAAUUGGGAUAAGGGUAGGAAGAUGAUGAUGAGUGUUCUGUACGAAGAAUGGGUUAUGAGUGAAUAAAUAAAAUAAUAUAUGAAUAGUCAAAAAUAUUAUUUUGACUAUUAUUAUUUGAUAAGAUUAUAUUGACUUUUAAUAAUGACUUUUUCAAAUAUUAAUGAAUAAUCUCAGUUGCGACUAAAGUUUAAUAUUAGAAUCAUCAGUUAUUUAUGUGCUAUUAUCCUAAUUUUUUAAAAGGUGCUAAUAAAGUUUUAUGAAAUGACAUUCCGUCCAAUAGAUAUAUUUUAUAUUUUUUUUUUUAUAUUUGGAUAAUAAAAUUUAAUAUUAA